AUGAAGUCUAGCUGAAGAAUCAUCUGCUGCUGAAUAUCUCCACAACACACAGAACGAUGUCAGGACUGAGGCCUGUGGUGCUGAGUGGCCCCUCCGGAGCAGGGAAGAGCACUUUGUUGAAGAGGCUGAUAAAGGAUCACGAAGGCGUCUUUGGAUUCAGCGUGUCACACACAACAAGAAACCCUCGACCAGGAGAGAAAGAUGGCAAAGGGCUGAACAAGCUCCCCAUGCUUCUGGGGGCUACUUUACUGCCUGUAGCAGACAUCCUAUCCUCUGAAGACUUAGAAAUGUCAGCCUCAUUUUCGUGUCCAAAUGAAUCAGAAACCACAGACAAAGACUACCACUUCACGACGAGAGAGGCCAUGCAGGAGGACAUUGACGAGGGCAAAUUCAUUGAAAACAUAAUGUUUUCUGGCAACAUGUAUGGAACAAGUAAAGCUGCCGUAGAAGAUGUUCUGGCUAAGAACUUAAUCUGCAUCUUAGACAUGGACAUCCAGGGUGUGAAGAAGAUUAAAGAGACUGACCUGAACCCCAUUUAUAUCUACAUCCAACCUCCAUCCAUAGAGAUCCUGGAAAAGCGUCUGAGGGAAAGGCAGACUGAAACAGAGGAAAGUUUACAGAAACGACUUGAAGCUGCACGCACUGAUAUGGAGCUGAGCAAGGAGCCUGGAAUGUUUGAUGUUCUUAUCAUCAACGACAACAUAGAACGGGCCUAUGACGAGUUGAAAGAUAUCCUCAAUGAUGAAAUAAAAAAAGUUCAAGAGGCCAAAUCAUAAGAAGGAAACAGCAACCGUAUCUUUUUGCUACUGGACCCACACUGAUUCUGGUCUGAAUGAUCCCUUCUUCACUGACUACACACACACCUGAAAUCAACUCUCAGCUGAAGUUUCUUUUAUCCUCUACGUAACAUGCUCAGUGAAGUUUGGAUGGAAAUGAAGGACUCUGACUUGUUUUCUCGACUAAGAGAAUGUGUGUGUAUCCAAACCCACGUAUUUCAGUGAAAACAACCU